AUGGCCAAGACUAUUCCCUUCGCUGCGACAGGCUCAAAAGCAACUUUGACACAAAAAGCAUUCAUUCGAGCUCUGUUACUGUCGCAAAAGCCCGAGGGUUACAUUGCCUUGUGUCGUGCGAUUGCGCAAGCAGACUUGCCUCCUUAUGCAAACAUCAAAUGCCCUGUGCUUGUUCUUUCUGGUGAAGAGGACAAAACAAGCCCGAUUCCGGAUGCGCAAAAGAUAUUGAAGGAUUGGGGAUGCGACGACUCGUCCAAGAGCAUGCAUAUUUUGCCUGGGGUUGGUCACUGGCACUGUAUUGAGGCAGCAGAUGAGGUUGGUUCUAAAAUACAAGAGUUCCUAUCCAAACUAGGUUAA